AGCAGACUUUGCAAGUCAUGGUUCACCACUCAAAAGUCUUGCACGGGAUGCAUCAUAAACAAUUUGGGGUGGUUCUCUGUUUAUCGAUUGUUUUCAAAGCAUCCGUAUAUGUAGACAGGAGCUGAUUGAUGUCCUCCAACAGCUACCCUCCUGUAUGAUUGUUAUGCGUGUUGUUGUUAUACAUGCCGACGCUGUUACUGGUGCGAGUACAGGUCUUAUUGGACUCCUGGGUGAUUCCCGUGUGCAGCUCGUCGAUGUGUCUGAUGAAGCGAGAGUUAACACUUUUUUCAACUUGGCCGAGGAAUGCGAGCCUUACGGUCUGAUCACUAUCCGUCAGGAUUACCGCAGAGACUCCGCAAAGUUGAUUCACCAGAAGUUGGAAACAUUAUCAACUGUGAACUUGAGUUUGAGGGAAUACUCCCCCGGCUACGUCCAGUCAUCAUGUUCCGACUAUGUACCGAAAUGUGCAAUCGUGUGGGCUCUACUGCUUCGCUUAUGGGAGUGCGAAAGGCAAGGCGAGAGUUCGAAGAUUUCUGAGAGCCUUCCAGGGGAUUCGGGUGAGGAUCUGAAUCACGAAGCUCGGUACAGUUCUACUGUGGAAGUGCUUACGCAGAGAAUCUUACCAUGGUUACAUUUCUGAUGUACAGGUAUCCAAGAGGAGUGAGUUGAUCCUUUCGUUCUCAAGUUAGUUUCUAGAGAGAAUUUGUUGGGUAGUGGGCGUGUCGAAACUAAACAUUUAUAAAC